UCUUUCGCUCUCCAUCCUCCCCUCGCCGUCUAUGUUGUGGAAAGACAAAAAGUUGAUUUGUUCCUCAGAGGCUGCAGCUCAGCACAUCCAGCCAAAUUCGCAUGUCUCCGUGCGUCAGCGCAUGUUUCCGUGGGCGAGGACACAUAUGGUGAUGAGACUGAGCACAUGUGUUAUUGUCGCCUCCUCCAAGUUAAUCUCUGAAGAGGAGGUGUGGUUGCCUCCUCCUCCUUUUGGAUCCCAAAACUGAAUAUUCAACAGCGUUUUGCCUCAAGCUUUUCAUCGAACGUCAGUUUUGACAGUGAAACAUCCUCGGGUGCUUCGAUUUUGAUACUUUACCUGGCUUUGGUCUUCUGACAUCUCUCUAAAAUGAGUUUCAGCAGUGAUAUGGAUGAGACAGAAGAUGGGAGCAACAGAGAGUUUGAGAGCGUGGAGAUGAAUAAGCUGCGUCAGAGCCUGCGCAGGAAGAAGCCCACCUACGUGCCGGAGGCCAGUCGGCCGCACCAAUGGCAGGCAGACGAAGAGGCUGUACGAAAGGGCAAAUGCAACUUUCCUGUCCGGUACCUCGGUUUGGUGGAGGUAGAGGAGUCCAGAGGGAUGCAUGUGUGCGAAGAAGCAGUGAAAAAACUGAAAGUGAGUGGGAAAAAAACUGUCAAGGCUGUACUUUGGGUGUCUGCCGAUGGCCUGAGAGUAGUGGACGACAAAACCAAGGACCUCAUUGUUGACCAGACCAUUGAGAAGGUGUCCUUCUGCGCGCCUGACCGUAAUUACGAUAAGGCAUUCUCCUACAUCUGCCGUGAUGGAACGACUCGCCGCUGGAUGUGCCACUGCUUCAUGGCCUUGAAGGACUCGGGUGAACGUUUGAGUCAUGCGGUCGGAUGCGCCUUUGCCGCUUGCCUUGAGCGGAAGCAACGCAGAGAGAAGGAGUGCGGGGUCACGGCUUCCUUCGACGCAAGCCGCACAUCAUUUGUGAGGGAAGGCUCUUUCCGCGUCUCCUCUGCUGGACAGCAAAGUGACCGGGAGGACAUCAUGAAACAAAUGCAGGACAAAAAGAAAGAAGCGUGUGGCAUUUCUGCAAUGCCGCCUGGAAAUGCUUCUCCUCCAGAGGGCGCGGCUUCACCGGGGGAGCGGGCGGAGCCAGGCGGGCCUCACGCCAUCCCGCGCCGCCACGCUCCUAUCGAGCAGCUGGUGCGGCAGGGCUCUUUCCGCGGCUUCCCGCAACUUAGCCAGAAGAACUCACCUUUCAAACGGCAGCUCUCCCUACGCUUGAAUGAUCUCCCAUCAACCCUGCAGCGGAAGACGGACUUCCAGACCAAGAACCCGGUUCCAGAGAUGGAUCUAUCAGUGGCAGGAGAGGCGGACAGUAUAAAUGCUCUGUGCUGCCAAAUCAACAGCUCUUUCACCAAACCAUCUGAGGAUCUGUGUGCCAAAGCCACCAGCAACUGCUUACCAGUUUGCAACGCUCCACCUGCCAUUCCCCCUCCACCUGCUCCACUGCAAGCUACAAGUUCAUGGGUUCAAACAGAACCGGCUGUCCAGUCUCCUCCACCAGUUCCUCAAGGCGGCCACAAGCGAACCCCAUCCGAAGCAGAACGCUGGCUGGAGGAAGUGGCUAAAGCGGUGAAAGCCCAGCAGCAGACUCCACCAACCCUACCACCACCACCCACUCAGCAACCUCCACCCGUGCCCACCAUGCCCAUCGCACCUGGUUCCCUCCCUUCCUCCAUGCAGCCGUUCCCAAUGGCCUUCGACGUCACUCCCGCACCUGUAGGCAUGUUUGCCCAACAGCCUCUUCAACCGGCUUUUGUACCUAUGCAGCCAUACAUGCCCAGUCUGGCCAACAGCAUGACCUAUCCCAAUGCCAGUGUACCCGUGGUGGGCAUCACACCGUCGCAGAUGGUGGCUAAUGUAUUCUGCACUGCGGCCGGAACAGGGGGCGGUGGAGCGGCGAUGGGGGUCGGGAUGGGGCCGAAGACGGGUACGCUUGGCGGGGGCCAACAAUCGGCUUUCCCCACCCUGUCCGGAGGCUUUCCAACCACCACGUUCGCCUCGCCUCCAACCGUCAACGGGCAUCCGCACAACUCCUUUCCAUCAACGACCACGAGUACGAGUGUCACGCAAAACGGAAGUACCGUAAAAAGCGGUACUGGUUGGCCAAUGGAGGGUCUGAAUCCGAAUCCCACAUGCAGUUCCCAGGAAGCAGAGCAUUUUGAGGCAAAGUGGGCUGCUCUGGAGUCCAAAUCGCAACCGAAGGCGCAAAACCCUUUUUCGAAUGACUUACAAAAGACUUUUGAGAUCGAACUAUAAUCGUAGGGAGACUGAACUAUUUCAUACCCUAUUCCCUUUCCCUUUUGUCUCUUAAAGGGUUUUCUAAUGCUCCUGGUCUGUUUGAGGGCAUUGGUUGAUGUAAGAGAUCAUUCGGUUGCAUUUUGCGUCAUUUCGAGAAUCAGACUCAAGAUUUGGAGAAAACAGAAA